UGUAUAGCUAGGUUUCUACUAGCUGGCCGGAAUGGGAUACGUAGAGGAAAUGGAAUCCUUGUCCAAAGCAAUUAGAUACGACGAUCAUGGAGAACCAACUGUGGAUUUUUAUACGUCAUGGCUGACAAAGCAUCCAUCUGCUUUGGAUGCUUUUGGACAGAUGAUGAGCGCAGUGAAGGGAAAAGAUAUCGUUGUGUUUCUGGAUUAUGACGGCACUCUCUCCCGUAUCGUGCAAGAUCCUGAUAAAGCUUUUAUGACGGCCAAGAUGCGUUCAGCAGUAGAUGAAGUUGCCUGUUGUUUCCCGACUGCAAUAAUCUCUGGAAGACGUCGAGAUAAAGUUUAUGAUUUUGUGAAAUUAGACAAUAUCUACUAUGCUGGAAGCCACGGGAUGGAUAUAUCGACCCCUUCAGGCUCUUCAAAAUACAGCUAUCACAAGCAUCAAUUUAGAAGCACUGAUGCAAAAGGAAAUGAAUAUGUUAACUUUCGUCCAGCAUUCGAGUUUCUGCCUACCAUCGCAAAGAUAAUAAAGCUGUUAAACGAAGAAACAAAAGGUAUAAAAGGUGCCGUGGUUGAAGAUAAUAAAUUCUGCAUCUCUGUUCACUACCGAUGCGUCAAAGAAGAGGAAGUAGACACACUUAAAGGGAUGGUGGAAACUCUGAUGAAAAAUUACAAAAACUUUCGCAUAUCAGGAGGAAAAAAGGUUAUGGAAAUACGCCCAAAAAUUGACUGGAACAAAGGUCGAGCCUUGCAAUAUUUGCUUGACACACCAGGGUUCGGCAGCUCCACUGAUGUCCUCCCAAUCUAUAUUGGAGAUGACGAAACUGAUGAAGAUGCUUUUGAGGCUAUUAGGAGAAUUGGAAGAGGCUUCCCUAUUGUUGUUUCAUCCACUCCAAAGGAGACCAAGGCUUUGUACUCGUUGCGUGACCCAACGGAAGUCACGAGUUUCUUGUCAUGUCUUGCUGCAUGGAGGAAAGACACCUGAAUGUAUAAAGCUGCAGGGAUUUAGUGGGGACUAAUUUGGAUUAGGUACUAAUUAACGGUUGGCUAACGAUUCAAAGUUGGGAUAAUUUGAAAGGUGUAAAUAGCA